AUGGAGGCAGGAGCAGCCGUGCUGCUGCUGCUGGUCGCACUGCUGGGGACGAGCUCAGCGAGCAGCUUUUAUGGAGACAGCAUCAACCUGGCGCCGCUGCAGGCCAACGCAGAUGGGACUUACCAGAGCAAAUCCAACUGGCAGAGCCAGACAGAGCUGGACCUGGGGGUCCGAUCCGACACCAACCGCAUCAACAACUGUCCCGUCACCGCCACGGUGGCGUCCUUACGGGUUUCUCAGAACUGCUUCACCCAUCUCCGCCUGUUGGCUCAUGAUCCAGAUGGAGACGCGGUGGGAUGCCGCUUCGCUUCAGGCGCCCUGGCAAACUUCACUCUGGAUGAGAGUACCUGUACGCUGAGAGGCUCAGGUGAGCUCCAGCUUGGCCAACACGUCUUUGAACUGACGGUGGAAGAUUUCAACACCAAAAACGUGACGCUGACGUACGCAGACGGCAGUACGGUGGCCCGGGAGGCCUCCAGCAGCAGCAUGCCUCCGCUCUGCAGGCUGACGCUGCAGUUCGUGGUGGAGGUCCUUUCUGCAACAUCAAGCUGCGUGGCCGGUGACCUCCUGCCCAUGUUCCUGUCCCGGACGCCAUCACACGGAGACGUUCUCCACGCCAGCGUGGGUCAGACGCUGCAGCUCCACGCUGAGGCCCAGGCCCAGAACGCCCAGUACGGACCGAAGGAGCGCCACUUCCUGCAGCCUCUCUGCAUCCUCUCUGAUUCAGGUCUUCCAGGUCAGCGGCCCCCAAAACGUGACCAAGGAUUCCGAAGCGGGUCAGACGGGAAAAAAACAGAGAUCACUCUGAGCUGGACCCCGCAGGAAAGCGACGCUAACAAACUCGUCCCGAUUUGUUUCACUGCAGACACGGCGACAACCCAAUCAGAGAUGAGAUGUGUCAUUGUCAUGGUGACCCAUACUGCCGUCCUGCAAGGCAGAGCCUCUGUCACCUGCUUGCCCAACAAGAUGACGGUGGCCUUGGAGAAAGCCUCCAUGCCAGACAUCAGUGAGGAGUUUCUGUCCCUCAGAGACCCGUCCUGCACGCUCACCACCAACGGCACCCACAUCGUGGGAACCAUGUCCUUCAGCACCUGUGGCACAAAGCUGGAGGACAAAGGAGACUACAUCGUCUUUAAGAACGAGAUCCACUCCGUCGUGCGGUCCAACGAGGUCAUCAUCCGGAGGAACAAUGUCAAGAUCGACUUCUACUGCGAGUUUCCCAAAACCAUCAGCGUCUCCAACUUCUACCACCUCCACCAGGCUGACUACAUCUUCACCGAGUCCAACUUUGGCAGCUUCGGCUACAGCUUCGAGAUAUUCCAGGACGGCAACUUCACCAGCAGGGUGCCGCCCGACGCCUACCCGGUGCAGGUCAAGAUGAUGGAGAUGAUUUACAUGGGCAUCCAGGCCGUGUCAGAGCUGCCAAACGUCACCUUGUUUGUCGAGUCGUGCAAAGGAACUCCGGACAACAACCCUAAAAACCCCAUGUACUACGACCUCAUCAAGAACGGGUGUGUCAAAGACGAGACGGUUAAGGUCCACCCGUCAAACCAGACGAACUUCAACUUUGAGAUCCAAGCCUUUAAAUUCAACGGAAAUUAUGACCAGGUUUACAUCAUCUGCAACGUCAUCCUGUGCGAGCCUGGGAAUCCCUUUUCCCGAUGUGCGCAGGGAUGUCUGAGCGAGCCGUCCCGCCGACGCAGACGAGGCCUGAGCAUGGAGACCACCGGACACUACAUUACCCAGGGUCCUCUGCAAGUGGCUGGGCUGGCUGGUCCCAGUUCACAUGCGGAGCACAAGAAGAUAAAUGCAGCUCCAAGAAGUCACACGGCUCCUGAAGGAGUUGUUCCAGAAACCAGAUCGGACGGAGAAACCUGGAGGUUCAGGGAGAUGUUUUCCUCCAACAUCACCACAGUGACGCUGGGCAGCGGCUUCGUCCUGUCGCUGGUUCUGCUGGCCGUGGUGGUCCACUACUUCAGCAGGAAGAGGAGAGCUGAAGACCUCAACCUUCUCAUUGAGGACGAGUUUGAGAAAUAAAUUUGGCGCCUCCCUCUGGAAACAGAUGAAUUAAAGGAGACAAACUAAACCAUCUUUUUCCCCCAAAGCACAGGUCUGAGAUCAGUUGUGGUCAGAAUUACAACUCAGUUAUUUUCAUUUCUCACCUGGUUUUACAAAAUCCAGUGAAAAGUU